UCAACAAUGGCGAAAGAUAGAGAAGAUCGGAAGAAGGAGAAGAAAGAGAAAAAGGAGAAAAAGGAGAAGAAGCGACGCGAGGCGGAAGCACUGGAGGUGAGGGAGAAGAAAAUCUCUAAGAAGCGUAAAUCCGAAUCCGAAAAGCCCGAGAAAUCUGAGAAAUCAAAGAAGAAAUCGAAGAAAUCCGAAGUCGAUGAGAAUCCACAUAACAAGUCAAAGGAAAGCAAGAAGAAACGCGAGAAGCCAGACAAAUACGAAGAUGAGCCAGAGACCCAAAAACCCGUCCUUUCCGGUAAUUCGCAUCCCUUCACGGUCCCGAUUGCUACCACCACCACCACCACCACCAACGUUUCCGAUUCGGAUUUCGAGUUCGACAAGGAAGACAUAAAGAAUCUGCUUGAAUCUUACUCCAAGGAAGAGCUUGUGAACCUCAUUUACAAAACCGCCGAGAAAGGUUCCCGUUUGAUCUCCACCGUGCUUGAAUCGGCGGAUCGAGACACCGCUCAGCGCAACAUAUUCGUGCGUGGACUUGGAUGGGACACGACGCACGAGAAUCUCAAGACGGCUUUUGAGGUCUACGGGGAGAUAGAGGAGUGCUCGGUGGUUAUGGAUAAGGACACGGGAAGAGCCAAAGGGUACGGGUUUGUGCUCUUCAAGACGCGUAAAGGAGCAAGAGAAGCUCUGAGAAAUCCAGAGAAGAGGAUGUACAAUCGCACCGUGAGCUGUAAUCUAUCUCAGGCUAAGCCGUCUGGGGCUGGAAAGCCGCGGGAACCGGUUGAAUCUGUGAAGAUUGAUCUAACUCAUACGGCUAAUCAGAGUGAAGUAGCCUUGCCUGGGCUCGAUUUGGCUCAUGGACAUGCACAUGGUUUCGAUAAGGGACACCAGCCGCAGAACAUGCCAAUGUAUGCUGGACAAAACAUGCCCUUUUACGGACACGGACAGCCUCCUGGUUAUAACCCGAUGUAUGGUGGUUUAAUGGGUAAUCAAAGUGCACUAAUGGGUAAUCAGAUGGUUGCUGGUUUACCGAACUAUCGUAUGUUUGGCCCGGGUAUGAUGAACCAGGGGCCACCGAACCAUAUGGGCAUGGCGGGUCAAUAUAGUGGUGAAGUUAAUGGUGUUGGUCCUGGUUUUGAUGGUGAACGUGCUUGGUAUCUGAGAUAAGGAUAGACCAAUUGGUAUGAGUAUGACUCUGUUCUCUGAUAUUUAUGCUGUCUUCUUUGAUUAGACUUUCAAUUCUAGGUUAGGGUAAUGACUAAUCUGGUAGCUGGAAAUUGAUAUCUUGGGAAUUGCCGGAGUUCUUUGCGUUCUUUUAUCUUCUACAUUACUGUUUCAAG